GUCUGACAGUCACUGAGAGACGGUGAAACGGCACAGCACAUGAAUCAAAUGGAUCAAACAAAAUUCUGCUGUUCAGUCUGUUUGGAUCUACUGAAGGAUCCGGUGGCUAUUCCCUGUGGACACAGCUACUGCAUGAACUGUAUUAAAAGCUUCUGGGAUGAAGAGGAAAACAGGAAAAUCUACAGCUGCCCUCAGUGCAGACAGACUUUCACACCGAGGCCUGUCCUGGUGAAAAACACCAUGUUAGCAGAUUUAGUGGAGGAGCUGAAGAAGACUGGACUCCAAGCUGCUCCUGCUGAUCACUGCUAUGCUGGACCUGAAGAUGUGGCCUGUGAUGUCUGCACUGGAAGAAAAAUGAAAGCCUUCAAGUCCUGUUUAGUCUGUCUGGCAUCUUACUGUGAGAAACACCUUCAGCCUCAUUAUGAUGUGGCUCCAUUAAAGAGACACAAGCUGGUGGAGCCCUCCAAGAAGCUCCAGGAGAACAUCUGCUCUCGUCAUGAUGAGGUGAUGAAGAUGUUCUGCCGUACUGAUCAGCAGAGUAUCUGUUAUCUCUGCUCUGUGGAUGAACAUAAAGGCCACGACACAGUCUCAGCUGCAGCAGAAAGGACUGAGAGGCAGAGAGAGCUGGAGGUGAGUCGACAAAACAUCCAGCAGAGAAUCCAGGACAGAGAGAAAGAUGUGAAGCUGCUUCAACAGGAGGUGGAGGCCAUCAAUCAGUCUGCUGAUCAAACAGUGGAGCACAGUGAGAAGAUCUUCACUGAGCUGAUCCAUCUCAUCCAGAAAAGAAGCUCUGAUGUGAAGCAGCAGAUCAGAUCCCAGCAGGAAACUGAAGUGAGUCGAGUCAAAGAGCUUCAGGAGAAGCUGGAGCAGGAGAUCACUGAGCUGAAGAGGAAAGAUGUUGAGCUGAAGCAGCUCUCACACACUGAGGAUCACAUCCAGUUUCUACACAACUACCCCUCACUGUCAGCACUCAGUGAGUCUACAGACUCAUCCAGCAUCAAUAUCCGUCCUCUGAGCUACUUUGAGGAUGUGACAGCAGCUGUGUCAGAGGUCAGAGAUAAACUACAGGACAUUCUGAGAGAGGAAUGGACAAACAUCUCACUGACAGUCACUGAAGUGGAUGUUUUACUGUCAGAUCCACCAGAGCCAAAGACCAGAGCUGGAUUCUUAAAAUAUUCACGUGAAAUCACACUGGAUCCAAAAAAAGCACACAAACAGCUGUUAUUAUCAGAGGGGAACAGAAAAGCAAGAGCAGUGGAACAAGAACAGUCUUAUUCUGAUCAUCCAGACAGAUUCACUGAAUAUAAACAGGUCCUGAGUAGAGAGAGUCUGACUGGACGUUGUUACUGGGAGGUGGAGUGGAGAGGGAGAGGAGUUUGUGCAGCAGUCACAUACAAGAAUAUCAGCAGAGCAGGAAGUGGGAAUGAGUGUGUAUUUGGACUUAAUGACAAAUCUUGGGCAUUAGAUUGUAACAACAACAGUUAUACAUUUUGGUACAACAACAUCCAAACUCCUGUCUCAGAUCCUCGUUCCUCCAGAGUAGGAGUGUACCUGGAUCACAGAGCAGGUAUUUUGUCCUUCUACAGCGUCUCUGAAACCAUGACUCUCCUCCACAGAGUCCAGACCACAUUCACUCAGCCGCUCUAUGCUGGACUGAGGGAUUGGUUAAAUUAUGGAGACACUCUUGAGUUGAUUAAAGUGAAAUAGACUGAAGUCUUUCAUAUUGUGGGUUUAAAUCUGUAUUUUAGUUUCAUUUUAUUUUCUCUCCAUCAUUUCUGCACAGAGAUCAGCUGUCAGUCAAACAUUAUGGGUGGUACCUCCACAUCUUCUAGUUGUUCUCUUGAUGUUUCUGAGUUUUUAAAGGAGAUCUUUCCUGUGACUGUUUAUGGAGGCUAUCACUGCUCAUCAUCAUUUUGAUUUACUAAAAUAUUUCUCCACAUGAAAAUGUAAACUUCUCUAUCCUCUAAA